AUGGGGGCCUGUACCGGAUGUCUUCCCUCGGACCUGAGUUUUAUGCCAACCCUGGGCAAUGGCCACCUGGGCUAUACGGUUUUCGGAGAUGCGAUCUUCAUGAACGGAGUCUACAACGGAGCCGGCGGAAAUAGCAAGCGAGCUCGCAUUCCCAACUGGCUAAAUAUCAGCACGGAAGUUUGCGAUCGCUUCGGUUGCGCUACUGGUAACGAUGUGGACAUAAAUGGAACCAGCUAUGAGAUGGAUCUUCGGGAUGGCUACUUCCGCGUUCUAACAACCUACAAAACACUGGGGAUUUCGGUGGAGCAGAAAACCUAUCCGCACAAGUUUUACAAUCGUGCCUUGGUAUAUGAAGUGGUAGCCAACAGACUUUCCAGCCGAAAUUCGAGAAUUAACUCUCCCAAGUUUCUGAAACUCACCCAUUUUCCCGGCAACUACAGCGAUGCCUUUGAUUUUGUCGUUGUGAACAAUGGCAGCUCCGCCAGUGGCGAUUUUCGCACACUUCGAGGUCGCACAAAGAUCCUUGAGCAAGAGAAGUUCCAACCAGAUCCCCAGGAGAUCUUUGUCCUCUUUAGUGAAUCCUUGGAGGAGCCCCUAAAACUGCAGUGGCCCACAUGGCAAGAUCAGUUUACCCAUAGAGUUAUCAUCACCAUAGAUAGAGAGGAAAGUGUUGCGCGAAAGGAACUGCAAGAUGUGCUCCAGUUGAGCUCUAGAAAUCUUCUCCAGAAGCACACCGAAUCUUGGAACAGUUUCUGGGACAAUGAGUUCUCGAUUGAAAUUCGUGGCGAUGCUCUGGAACUGUCGCAGAUUGUUAACGCAGGCAUAUUCUAUUUGGUGAGUUCUCUGCCGUCAAUCGAGACCAACCAGAAAAACGAACCCUUCUAUGGCUUGAGUCCCACUGGCUUGGGGCGUGGCAAUCUGGAGUCGGAUUACCAGGGGCACAACUUCUGGGAUACGGAGAUCUGGAUGCUGCCGAUAGUCAGUCUAUUUGGCUAUGAGUAUGCAAAACAAGUGAUAGACUAUCGCAGCAGAAAAUUGGAGGCAGCUAAAUACCAUGCGAAUUUGACUGGCUACAAGGGAGCCAGAUUUCCCUGGGAAAGUGCCUACACUGGCACAGAGGUCACCAAUCCCUGCUGCCCCGAAGUUUCGCAACAGGAGAUUCACAUAUCCCCCGAUAUAUCCUUUGCCCUGCAAAAGUUUUUCGCCCAAUCAAACGAUACCGUUUGGGCCUGCGAUACAGCUUGGCCCAUAGCCGCCGAAGUGGCCGACUUCCUGGUGAGUCGAGCCAUUUGUGAUGAAUCCCAAAAUGCGUGCCACUUCCUAAACGUGAUGGGACCCGACGAGGAUCAUCCAGACGUGAAUGAUAAUGUUUACACGAAUGCGGUGUCCAAAAUCGCACUGGAUUUCGCCGAAUGGUUGGGUCAAAUGUGUGGUAAUGCCAGCACCGAAAGGAUUGAGAAAUGGCGAGAGUUAAGCGAUCGAUUGGUGAUUCUACGAGAUGACAAUCUGAACUAUCAUCCCCAGCACCAGGGUUAUAUUCCGAACACCAUUGUCAAGCAGGCGGACACCAUUCUACUCGGAUAUCCGUUGAAUUUCGAUACCAGCAUCUUACACAAUAAUGACCUUGGAUUUUAUGCAAACGCCACCCGAGAAUCGGGUCCUGCGAUGACAUGGUCCAUGUUCGCUGCGAAUUAUCUUAGAAUCCUUGAGAUGAAGCCGGCCAACGAGUAUUUCGAGCGUGGCUACAAGAGCUACGUGCGACCCGAGUUUAAAGUCUGGAGUGAAACUCCCCUCGGAUACGAAGGAUCCGCUAACUUCCUCACCGGCAUUGGUGGCUUCCUGCAAGCCUUGAUCUUCGGCUAUGGUGGCCUGGAUUUUGGCAGAACCAACGACGACCAGUUCUUGAUGUAUUUUGGUAUUACUAUGACGCCUCCAAAUGUGGACGAAAUCCAUAUCAGCUCUAUUCCAUACGGGAAUGCCAAGUGUAGCUUGACCUACGGAAAUCAGUCCUCCACAAUAUCGUGUUCAGAUAGGUUAAGUAAGGGCUUCCAGAUGAUUCAAGAUCAGAAGAAAACUCUGCUUGCCAAAACCUUUAAUUUGACCCGUCGCAAUGAAGAUCCCCCAAUUCAGAUCAAGCAUUUAAGAUAA